AUGGCAUCCAGUUGUCUCACGGAUAACCUGCGGAGGUUGGACUUGCCUGUCCUCGUUCAAAGGAAGCCGCGCUUCGCAGGGGUUUGCCGAAAUCCCCAGGCAGCGCCGGCCGGCGCGGGGCCGUGGGGCUCCCCUGGGGGGGACUUCAAGGCGAGGAGGAGGCCGGAGCGAAAGCCUCUGCCCAUCGAGAGGACUAAAGGCUCAGAGAUCUUAUUUGGGAUCGCACCGUGUUCCCUGGCCCUCUCUCAGUCGAGGAGGGACCUGUUCAGGUUGUUCCUCAAGCAGAGCAGUGGCCCUCGGCGACUUGUUACGAGUGAGUUUGUCCUCCAGGCCACAGCCCGGGGGGUCCCCGUGCACCACGUCAGAAGGAGAGAGCUGGAUGCUCUCUGCAGAGGUCAGGUCCACCAGGGAGUUUGUUUGGAGGCCACUCCUCUCCGUUUCAAGAGUUUGGAGGAUGCUGAAAAGCCUGAUGUGGGGGAUGAAAAGAGGCCGAACCGGCAGCUGAUUUGGUUGGUGUUGGAGCAGAUCCAGGACCCCAUGAACCUGGGGGCAGUGCUGCGCUCUGCCUACUUCUUGGGGGUGGACAGAGUGGUGACGAGCCAGAGGAACAGCUGCCCCUUGACUCCAACGGUGAGCAAAGCUAGCUCAGGAGCCAUGGAAGUCUUCGAUGUCUACAGCACAGAUGAUCUCCGGAGCUUUUUGAAGGCUAAAACUGCAGAAGGCUGGGAAGUCUUGGGAACGGUCAGCAAGCCUGAGGAUGUGGAAAAUGUUCCUGUCAUCAGUUGCUUGGAAUUUCAGUGGAAUAAACCCAUUAUUAUAGUAAUAGGCAGUGAAGGUGACGGACUUUCCCUGGAGACGCAGCUCUUGUGCCAUCGGAUGCUGGCCAUACCCCCUGGCAGAGCACUUCACCCCGGGAUCGAGUCGCUGAACGUCUCUGUUGCUGCUGGUAUUCUCCUGCACUCCAUCUGCAGCCAAAAGCUGAGGCACGGUGAUUAAAUUUUUUUUUUUUUAUUUGACGGGGGAAGCUGCUCGGCUUGCUCUGUUGGUGUGGAUAUGGAAGUGCUCUUCUCAGGGGCUCCACCGUCGCUGCAAGUUCCGGGGAGACCCCCGUUGACCUGAGUUGUGUCUUGGCUGAUGCACGAUACCACCAGAACCCUGGUUUACCGCUGAAGUCAGACACCUGCACGUACUAGGUAACACCUCCCACUGCCACCUUGGAGGAGGAGCAGCUGUCAGGAAGGGAGACAAAGCUAGGUUUUAAAAGCACACAGCCAAAUCCUUCCGUUCUUGCAGUGAAAUACCUGGUGAUGGCUGCGAGCUUUGUGCUUGUUGCGUGGGGGACUUUGUACAUUGCUCGUGCUGUGGAGAGAAUUUGGGCUGUAGGGGAGAGACGGUCUUGGCUGGUGCAGCCACCGAGAGCAGCCGUGCCCCGUGCCUGAGCCCACUGCCCCCGUAGCAAUUUCUUGACGAUGAGGUGGUUUCUCUGUUGGGUAUUGCUGUUUGAACAUCUGAAAACACACCGUGUUGUGUUUGGUUGUAAACCAGGUCUGCAGCCCUGCCAAAGGAUGGACGUGAGCUGUUAGAAAACAGCUGUAGUGAGGAAAAAUGCCGCCCGUUGAAAUAAAGCCUCUGUAAAGACUGGUCGUAGACUCGAAUCAAUCCUUUUUGUGUCAUAUAUAAAUCCAGGCUGUGAUUAGUGGAACAGGGCACGUCCUUCGGGUGGGAAAGGGAAUCGGGAGCUUGUUGGCU